AUGGCACCGAAAAUAGACAUCAACGCGCGUGUGACCGAAGGAGACUCUCUCAUACAGUAUGCUCUUACAUCCGACGACUACCUGGAUCAGUUCGUGCCGAUCAUCAAGGCGGAGCUUGCCAACAAGAAUUCCCUUGAGGAUCUGAUCGUGAAACUCGAUUCCGCGUACAAGGAGAGAGAACAAACACUCGAGGGAGUUUCGUUCGAGUCCAUUGACAAAUUGACCAGCUCCAUCGAGAGCAUUUCGGACGUGGCGCAGUCCUCUGGAGCAAUCAGUCAAGAAGUCAGCAUGGUCAACAGCCAGCUCCGUAAAACUGGCUUGGAGUACCUGGACAAAAAGAUGUCGGCACUCAAUUACAAAAGAUUACACAACAAAAUCUCAGAAACCAUCUUGACCAUAAAUCUGUGUUUGGAUAUGCUUGACAAGACCAAUAAGGUGUUUGAAUUGUAUCAUCAUAAAAAUUACUACAAAGCCCUCAUAAACCUGGACCUUUUAAUGAAGAGCCGAUCCGAGGAUAUCGAAAUGUUUGAAUUCACACAGAAAAUACACAAAUCUCUCCCUGCAAUCAAGGAACUGAUCAUCGACGAAACGUUCAACCAACUGGUGAGAUGGUUCAACGUCAGUUUUGAGAAAAAUCUCACCCUUAUCGGAGAGCAAUUGUUUGAGCAUUUCGAGGUUCUGAACCAUGCUUGGAACGAACAGCAGGCAGAGGACCCGAACUUGCUCUCGUUUAAGGUCAACACUCCGUUGGAAAAGGCUUUCAGAAACGACGAGCUAAAGUCUUUCAACCCACUCUCAAACGACAAGGUCCAUGUUGAUUUGGGACCUGUGUACCAUUCGGUCAUGGUUUUCGAGCUGAUCGACGAGUUUGAGAAGCUGAAGGACGAUUUUUCCAAUGAGCUUCUUCGUAAGCGUGACCGGUUGAUCUACCCGAUUAGAGAGGCAUUGGCUACACAGAAGCUGGACAUGUUCUCCAACAACGAGUCGUUGAAGAUCGUCAUCUAUUCGCUUGCUGCCCUGUUGGUGGCAGACAGAUUCAUUGGAGCCAAACAAGAAUACAAACUACGAAGCAAAAAACAAACAGACGACCUGUACAGUUCGAUCAUGAGCAAGUUUGUUCCGAUUCUGAAGGCCCAUAUCAACAAGUAUGUUGGAGACUUCCAACACUUGAAAGAACUUAACGAUAUUCUUGGAGUGUUUGUUCAAAUCCUGGAGAAUUACGACUUUAACGUGGAUUCACUCUACCAAGUGCUAGUCACCCUGCUCCAGCAGUACAUCAACACACUUACAAAGGAGUUCGAACUUAAUUACGAAAGCUUGUCCGAGGAGGAGAACCCGCAACCGAUUACCAUAGAGAACCAGACCCAGCUCGACAAUGUGCAAUUAAACUGUUUCCACAAAUUCAAAGAAGCACCAAAGGAGUUCCCUGUGGUGCUACCAUUUUCGAUUAUCUACGCUGCCACUUGCCUAAAGCUCAGGUCGUUUAUUCACGAUAUCUACGAGUUCUUGGGCAAAUACUACAUUCAUAAAAAUUCUGAGAUUCUGAAACUCAUUGGCGAGUCUAUUGAUUCGGUUUUGAUCAAGGUUGUGCUCAAGGACCUGAAGACCAAGAUCAACUCCUCGUACAAGGAGGAGGUGUCGCAGAACCUCAUCAACAUGGAAUUUUUCUCGAGAUCUGUGAAGGAAAUCGAAAACUACCUGAACUACUCCACCGAUCCUAUAAUUGCGAGAUUCCGGUCUUCUUCGUUGCUGAUCAGACUGCAGUCACAAAAGGAGUUCCAGAAUACCCAGACUAAGGCGGAAGAAGGAAUGUUCGACAUGGUGGACUCCAAGAUUGACAUGUUGUUCGACAUGAUUGAUUUCGACUGGGAGUCGAAGGAGAUCAACGAGGAGCCAAGCAUUGGUAUCAAGGACAUGGGACUAUUUUUGGAGAACAUUUUCAUGUUGGACUUUUCUCAUUUGCCUUACAGCAUCAAGUCUCUGUUGUUGAUCAGAACCUUUGACAAGAUUGUCAACUUCUUCAAGCAAGCAGUUUACCAGACGGAUUUCAUCACCAACGAGAGCAUAUCGAACUUCGAGCUAGACAUCAAGUACAUUGAGUCGAUCAUUCCAGACUUGAAGUUGCAGAACGGCAAUGCGAACCAGCUUUCUGCCGACCCAGACAACGCCAGCUCCACUUUCCAAACGAUCUUUGUUGGGCUGAAACAGAUUAUCGACUUGCUGAAAGACGGCAACCUGGAGACCUACAAGGACGAGACUACGCGCAUGCGCAAGUUUGACACUAUAUUACCAGAGCAGGCUAUAGAUCUGAUCCAGAAGCUGGAGGACUUCCAGAUGUUGAAGCGCGAGAUGGACGAGAGCUCGCAGUACGGCCAGGCGAGCGACUCGGAGGACGCGAACGGCGAGCCGUCGCGCAACAUGUUUGGGUUCAAGCGGACCAAGACGUCAACCUCUUUGAGCUCGCCGUCCAAGAUGUCUGUUUUCAAGCGGCAGGUUUCGUGA